CCGCGGAGGCCUAAGGGUGAGAGGGCAGCAAGGGUUAGAGAUUAGGAGGAGGCGGGGGCCAAGAGAAAGCACGUGUCUCCAUCCCUUUCUUCCUGCCCUUUAUCCCUUUAUCCCUAGGGUUUGAUAGCAGCGGGGAGAGCCCAGGGCCCCGUGUAUGGCCACGGAGUUACAGUGUCCGGACUCCAUGCCCUGUCACAACCGGCAAGUAAACUCUACUUCUAGCCCAAGUCCCGAGCGUCUGCUAGCCGAGGACCGGGUCCUGGAUCAUGCAGAGGAAAAUAACGCUGCUAUGGCUAAGCUGACUCUCCUCCCUGGGCACGCCCAUUCUAGCGUGCUUUCGGAGCGGGACUCUCAGGCCUGCUGCAGCACUAAUCUUCACUCUGAGAACCACAGUGACAGUAGUGACAGUGGCAACUACGAAGCACCUGUCGGCGACUCCCUGCUAGGGGACUGUGAACUCUCCCGACAGAUUGGGGCUCAGCUUAAAUUGCUGCCUAUGAAUGAUCAGAUCCGGGAGCUGCAGACUAUCAUCCGGGACAAGACAGCCAGUAGAGGGGACUUCAUGUUUUCUGCGGAUCGCUUGAUCAGACUUGUUGUAGAAGAGGGAUUGAAUCAACUGCCAUAUAAAGAAUGUAUGGUGACCACUCCAACAGGGCACAAGUAUGAAGGAGUGAAAUUCGAGAAAGGAAAUUGUGGGGUCAGCAUAAUGAGAAGUGGUGAGGCAAUGGAACAAGGUUUGCGAGACUGCUGUAGAUCCAUACGGAUUGGGAAGAUCCUGAUUCAGAGUGAUGAGGAGACACAAAGGGCCAAAGUAUAUUAUGCCAAGUUCCCCCCAGACAUUCAUCGAAGAAAAGUCCUUCUGAUGUAUCCAAUUCUCAGUACUGGAAAUACUGUAAUCGAAGCUGUAAAGGUUCUUAUAGAACAUGGCGUUCAACCCAGUGUUAUUAUCCUACUCAGUCUCUUCUCCACCCCCCAUGGUGCCAAAUCAAUCAUUCAAGAAUUUCCAGAGAUCACAAUUUUAACUACUGAAGUUCAUCCUGUCGCACCUACACAUUUUGGACAGAAAUACUUUGGAACAGACUAAGUUAUUAAAGGAAAAUGGAAUGCCUUGCAUAAUAAUAUGGUUGCAAAUGGAUUUCAUAUCUGUUUUUGCUAAUUUGAGAAAUAAUGGAGAAAACAUGUUAGGAAUGCCUUGGAAAUAGGUAUGGAAGUUUAUUUAUUUGAUGUGGCCAUUUCUUCACAGGUGGUACCAAAUUCAACAAUGAAGCACAACCACAGUGCUUAGAAAAGAUGGAAAUUUUAAUUGUAUGGUAAUAGAAAUCACUGAAUCCUCAGUUAGUACAUGGAAACUGUAGAACUUGUGACCCCUCUCUCUUGGUUUGGAAGUUGCUUGCAGCUACAAAGAAAACCCAAAUGAGAGUUAGUUCUUUAGCAAACUGCAGUUUACAUUUUCCUUACUGUGCUUUAGCUCUAGAGUGUUUUCCUGUAUGUGGCUCUUGUGGCUCUUGUCACCCUCUGUACUAUAUUCUCUCUCUCUCUCUCUCUCUCUCUCUCUCUCUCUUCCUCCUCCUCCUCCUCUUCCUCCUCUCUCCAUUUAUAUAUACACAUGCAGGUACCUUGGAAGAGAGAGAAUGAGAGUAUGUCCUGGAAUUUUAUGUUGCCAUUUAUGUCCUCGCAUAAUUUGCAGACCCAGGAUGUCUGUUUAUCUCCUCAGUUAAGCCGUUGUGUUCCUCACGGCUCAUUUCUCCAAGUGGGCAUUGAGGGAAGGUGAUUGCCAAGCUGUAACACAGUGAAAAGCUGUAGGGCCUUUUCAAAAACUGAGUCUGUAACGUGAGUCUACAGAGUCUGAACCACAAUGCCCGAUGCUGACCCAAAAGAGCUCAAUCAGCCCUCUACAAAGAAAUUGGUGGAGAGUUUUCUAAGGUAUGGGAAAAAGUGGAGGCUUUGCAUUUUGUGGCCAAUAAGUAAAUCAACACAGUUCUUUUGUUAUUGUUGUUUUUAAAGACAUGGUUUCUCUGUGUUCCUCUGGCUGUCCUGGAACUCACUUUGUAGACAAGGCUGGCCUCGAACUCAUAGAGAUCUACCUGCUUCUGCCUCCCUAGUGCUGGGAUUAAAGGCAUGCAGCACUACACAAUAUGCAAUACAGUUCUUUUUAAUUUAGUUAUUUUUACUAGUUGCCUUUGGUUUGGAACUUAGUUAUUUUGCAUGUUUUAUGACUAUACCUGUAUUAAAGUAGAGAGUAUAUAUGUCCUUUCAAAAUAUAUAAGAUUUGUAUGUGCUCAUAUUUAAGCUUCUGAAAGGGAGAGGAAAUAAUCUUAGAAUCAAUCUUUGUACUUUUGAAAUGUGCUUAUAAAACCUGGAUUCCCAUUUUACAUUGAUAUUGUGGUGGCUGGGUGAUUACUUGAUUAAUUACACUCUCAUGGCCCCUCAGACAGCUGUUGUGGGACUCUGUUCAAAAGUAUAAGAAAAAGUACAUGGAAAUUUCUUAGAACUGAAGCUGAAAAGAUCAGUGAGGCCCAAGGGAGGAAAGUAACCUGGAGUAAAUGGAAUGGAUUUUACCUUAUGGUUCUAACCCACUAAGCUUAACUGUACUUUUACUUUCGUUGUUGUUGUUUCUUUGAGACAGAGCUUCUCUGUGUAGCCCUGGCUAUCCUGAAACAUGCUCUGAAGACCAGGUUAGCCUCCAACUCAGAGAUCUACCAGCCUCUGCCUCCCAAGUGCUGGGAUUAAAAGUGUGUGCCACCACUGCCCAGCUACUUUAUUUUUGAAGACUAUUAUGUAAUCAAAUUAAAAUUCACCUAAGAGUUCUUCUAUAGCAGAAUGUUACCUUCAAGUUCUUCCAUAAUUCUUUUAUUUUUUUUUUUGAGAUAGGGUCUUAUUGUAUAUUCCUGGCUGGCCUGGAACACACAGACAUCCUCCUGCCUCUUGAGUGUUGGGAUUAAAGGUGUGCUGAAAGUUAUAAUUACAUUUGUUAUUAGGUGUCCUAAGAAUGAUGUGAGUGCAACUUCAGAUAGACCAGCUCUGUUGACAUUGUUAUUGCACUGAAUCAGUUGGAAAGAUGCUGCUCACUUGCCUGGGUGUGGUAGGAGGAUUUCAACACUGAGGCUAGCAUAAGUAACUGAAUCAUAUCUUGUUUAAAAAAAAAUCGUUUUGGUCACUAACCUAAGAAUUGCUGUGACUCAGUUGAAUUGGUGCUUGUCUUGGCUGCAGUAUUUUCUUUGAAUAUGGAAUAAUUUAAAACCAUAUUUUGUAGGGAUAAAACCAUAUUUUAAGCAAAUUCUUUUUUUUUUGAACCAUGUGUUCUGUACCAUAGGCAGGCUUUGAACUUGCUGAGUAGUCAGCUCUGACCUUGAACUUCUGGUCUCACUGCCUUCUCGGAUGAAAGGCUUACCACCAGCAUCCCCAUUUAAAACACAUUCUUUUUCUACCAUUAACCAUUUAGAUUUAAAUGUCUGUUGCAUUUCAGCAAUAAACAUGAUUAAAAGUUAACUACAUCUGAUUCCUUCCCACAUGGAAGUUUAGUCUAAACAGUAGGAAUUAUUCAGUAAGGUCAUAUUCCCCUCUGAUGCUUGUACCCUACACUCCUGCAGAUAUAACGCUGCUCUCUGAAUUUUGGAAUGUUUCAGCAAAUAAAUUCGUACUUGCAGGGCUAAUCACUUGCAGGACUCUAUUUUCUAAAGUCAACAUAAGAUUAACGAACUAUUAAAAGUAAGAUUGACUUUAGCGACUUGAACUUCAAAGCAAUAUAAAUUGUGCAGAUUCUUUAUUGAAAAAUAGAAGCUAGAGCAAAAUGACAUGCACAUAACACAAAGCUGUGAUUCUCAAAGUAUGGCACGCAUCAUAAUUAUUUAGAGGGCUACAGAUUGCUACACCCCACCUUUACAGUUUCUGAUUCAAUGUCUUGAUUUCCAACAUUGCUUCUUUUUAUAAUAUAGGCAUUUAAUGAUUUUUAAAGCUUCCCCUGAGGAUUUAGCUGAUUUUUGAUAUGUUUUCAUUUUAAUUCAAGUGAAAAUAUUUUCUUUUUAAAUUUCUUCACUCCAGUAUUAUUUAGAAGCAUCAACCAAUUGCAAAUACUCCUAUCAUUUUCCAUAUUUCUCUUUGCUAUAUUAUUUGUUAAUUUGCUAUGUUAAUUGUUAUGAUUUGAAUCCUUUCAAUUUGCAAGAUUUUAGAUAUAGCAUCUUAUCCAUAAACCAUUGUAUUUGGUAAGUCUACUUCCUACCAACGUGAUUACUUGGAAUGUAUGCAUAUCCUGUAUUGUUUGCUGUGAAUUUCAAGUUAAGUUGGUUGAUAAAGCUGUUCAAAUAUUCUGUUUCGCUGAUUUUUCUUUCCACUUGUUCUAUUGAUUAUUAGGAGAAGGAUGUUGAAAGCUCAGACUAAACGUGUUGUAUUUAUUUCUUCUUUCAAUUUUAUGAAGGUUUUGCUUUGUGUAUUUUGAAGUGCUCUUGUUAGGUGACUGUUAGGAUGUUUGUAGUGUCUUGAUGCUAUGACCCUUUACCACCGUGAAAUGUUUCAUUUUGUACCUUUGUGCUGAAAUCCCAGAUUUCUUUUGACUUGAUUUACUUUUAACAUGCUUAUGUCUUAAUGUGAAUUUCUCAUAGGCAGGUUUAGAGCUACAUCUUGCUUUUUAAAAACCCAUUUUGACAGUGUCUGCUUUUCGUUGCAGUGUUUAGAUGAUUUUUGUGUGAUAAAAUUAUUGAAAUGAUUGAGUUAGAUCUACCGUCUGGCUAUUUCUUUCUAUAUUUACUUUUUCUUUAUUUCCACCUUUUUGAUUAUUAUUUAUGAUUCUAUUUUAUGUCUUCAUGACAUUUGUGUCAGCUCUUUCCACUAAGUCCACUCUCCAGGACCUUGAUUCAAACCUUUCCCCUCUCUCUAUUAUGUAGCUCUAGCUGUCCUGAAACUUACUGUGUAGACUAGGCUGUCCUUGAACUUGUAGUGCUGGCACUAAAGGCAUAUACCACCACACUUGGCCAGCCUUGUCUCCCUUAAAGGAGGACUGCUGUAUUUUUCUGAGCAUUUACAUUUAAUACAGCAGUUGUAUACCAGACAACUGAUAGAAUUAAUAGCAUGAGUAUAUCCAACAUUUGGAGGAUUCUAUGCAAAAUAUAGACUUGAAGCAGUUAAUCCAUUUAUAAAGCCACUAUAUACAUCUCAAUAUUUUUAUAUUAAUCUGAUUAUUUUCCCUUUGUCUAUCAUUAUUUGAAUGUUAUAAGCUCAUAUUAAUUUGUUAAUUGAAACUGCUUAUCGUAUUAAUUUAACUACAUCUAGCUUCUAAUAUCAGUCAUUUUCCAUUGAUAUCACAUCUCGAGGAAGCUUAAAUUAAGUUGCUCAAUACAUAUAAUUAUCAGUGCAUUCUGUGACCUGUUUAAUAUACUUGAAUUCCACCAGCACUGUUCACCUUCCACCAUAUCACACAGAGAUAGCAUAGUUAUUUUAUUUUGCAGGUCACUCAGAUAACCAUUAUACUUUUCCCCAAAUAAUUGGCUCUUGACCAAGUGCCAGAUAUUGUUAAGGAAAGGUGAUGUCACAGUUGAACAAGAUUUGUUUAUGACCAGGUUCCAAAUCAAUGUUUUAGUUUAUUUGAGCUGUUGUAACAAAAUACCAGACUGGGUGGGUUUUUUAUUUUUCAUGACAGGGUUUCUCUUUGUAACAGUCCUGGCUGUCCUGGAACUAGUUUAAUAGACCAGGCUGGCCUUGAACUCAGAGAGAUCCACCCUCCUCUACCUCCUGGGUGCUGGGAUUAAAGGCAUGGACCACCAUUCCUGGCAGGGCUGGUUUCUUAUGGUAAAUCCAAGGGAAUAGUUUAGAAUUAUUUCUACUUCUGCUGUAAAAUCAAGUACAACUUCCUUUGCUCUGUUCUUGGGGUGAGGGCAGGCAGUGCAUAAUAAUGUAAGUGGUUUUUACCUUCAGAGAACUUAUAAGUUUGGAAGUUUAUAGGAAUUUUGCAAGUGUUGAUGUGCCAUUGUCUAUCUUGAAGGGCUAUUGAUUCAUAUCUGGGUCAGGCUCCAACUGUUUUAAAUUGGUCUAAAGACCCUAUUUGUUCAGGCCUUUGCCUAACUGUGAGUAUAACACUGUCCAGCUUUAUUCAAGGAAUCUUCCUGUCCAAGGUUUCUAAAGCCUUUCCAGGCUGAUCCCGGUCUUCUGGAAGAGUUAUCCUUCUACUGAUUUAAUCUACAUAACUUACCAUUUUCUUUUGAAUACCAUUCAUUAAAAGGAAAUCCCCUUUGCUCUAGCAGUCACACUACUGAGUAUGUAAGCAAAGAGAAUGAAAUUACCAUACUGAAGAGACAUCUGCACUCCCGUGUUCAUUGAAGCAGUAUUCUCAAUAAUUAAAAAAUAGAAACAGCCAAAGUGUACAUCACAUGAUAAAUGUAUCAAGAAAGUGUGGUGCGUUUAUAUGAUAGGUUUCCACCAUAAAAAGGAAUGAAAUCCUGUAAUGGAACUGGAGAUUAUGUUAAGUGAGUGAAACAAGCAAGUCACAGAUUAACACUAUAUGAUUUCUGCUCAUGAGAAAUGAAAAAUGAUCUUAUACAAGUUGUUACCAAAAGCUGGAGAUGCCCAAAUGGGGAAAGGUUGAACAAGGGUCACUAAAUUAUAGUUACUUAGAAGAGAGUUCUGCUGUGCUAUUACAUAGUUGUGUGUCUGUAGAUCAUUAAUGUACUAUACAUGAAAAUUAGAAGAAAAUAUUUUGUUAAGUUUUUACUAUGAAGAAGUGAUGAGGAAAGAGAUAAACAUGAUUUAAAUAUUAUACAAUGUCUACAUGUAUGGAAAUAUAUCUCAUUAAUAUGUAAACAUUUUCUUUAUGGAUCACUUAAAAUAAAUGUAAAUAAAUGAAAAAUAAUAACUGA